AUGGACAAGGCGACCAUCCUGUCGGACGCCCUGAGGUACGUCAAGGAGCAGCAGGAGAAGCUCAAGGCACUCCAGGACCGUGACGUGAGGAGCAUCGACUCCGUGGUGCUAGUGAAGAGGCCGUGCAUCUCCAACAGCGAUGAUGGCUUCCCGUCACCGCCGCCGUCAGCAGCAGGUGGAGGAGGUCUGACCACGACAAUGAUUCCAUUGCCGGAGAUCGAGGCGAGGAUCUCGGAGAGCAAUGUGAUGAUGAGGAUCCACUGCCAGGACGGCAAAGGGGUCCUUGUCACGUUGCUCGCCGAGGUCGAGGGGCUCCACCUUAGCAUCACACACACCAAUGUCGUGUCUUUCCCGGCUUCCACUCUGAUCAUAAACCUCAUGGCGAAGGCAAACGAGGGCUUCACUGUCGCAGCGGACGAUAUUGUAUGGAAGCUCGACUCUGCUUUGCGCCGACAUCAUAGCGGCAAAGGAUAG